ACUUCGACGGAUUUCGAAUACUUAUACCGAUUUGUGUGCAUAUAUCCUUGUCGAUCUGUUAAGUUAACGUGUCGUGCGGGUGAUCGGUUUGGAGCGAUGUAAGCAAACGAGCGGAAAAAUAGUUAAUAAAGUACGAGUGCUUGUUAUAUGUGCGACGGAAAGUAUACGUUAUUUAUUGUUGACUGUGACGUUUAAUGGUAAUUAACGGUUAUUUCAAUCUUUGCCUAAUGACCGAAGAAAAUGCACAAAAUGAACAUGCACGUAAGAUAUUUUUGUCGUCGCCCUAAAAUGCAAAAGGAUCGCACAAUAUCAUAAUGUGCUAGUACAACAUUAAAUUGACAAAGUGUGCCAUGGAUAUGUCCGCAAAUAGAACAAUGUUAAGGCAGGUUUCUAGUACCGAUUCGUUAAUAAAACCGGUACCAAAACCCUUUUCAAUAGAAGCUUUAAUUAGUGAUACGGUACCACGAAGACCACCCCCACUACCCUGGGCUACAACGCAAACUUACAUCCAUCCCCAUGUUCAAAUUACAAGAGAUACGGAUUCAGAAGGAAGCCUCGAGUUGGAUCUGAGUCACGGACAGAAAGACAAUUCCGACAUCGAGGAAGAACUUGAUGACAGCCACCCCACGGACGCGACGAGCGAAGGAGGUGCCGGCUCAACGAAAACCCGCCGCCGACGGACAGCGUUUACGAGCGAACAACUUCUAGAGCUCGAAAGAGAAUUCCACGCGAAAAAGUACCUAUCCUUAACAGAGCGUAGCCAAAUCGCCUCGGCGUUACGUUUGAGCGAGGUGCAGGUGAAAAUAUGGUUUCAAAAUCGACGGGCGAAAUGGAAAAGGGUGAAGGCCGGCCUCGCAGCCGGUCCGCAUCAGUCGAAAACGGGUCAACCGAACAAGAGUAAAUUAGUGGUUCCGAUACCGGUGCAUGUAAAUAGAUUCGCGGUUAGGAGCCAACAUCAGCAGUUGGAAAGGGCUCUUGGUGAUUUGGCCGGACGGGUGUUCGCCAGUCAGGCCGUUCUUCGUGCGGGUUUGGAUGUUGCCUCGUACCAAUCGCAUGCGCCGCAUUGACGCGGGUCUGUGUGUUCACAAUUUUGACUGAUUUCGACGGAGAUGUCAGCAAACGAAGCAAUAAAGUAUAAGAACCUCAAAGUGGCUGUAUGAAGUGAUAAGAGUUACUUCCGUAUAAAUGACGUGGUUGUAGACUAUACGAACAUAGUUCACGUGUAACAUAUUUUAUUUUUGAAUGUUGUGCAAUUUUAUUACCUAUUACCUAUAAGAGACAGGAUUAACGAACAGUACGUAGCUGUUAAACGUCGUAUUUCAAUAAAUAGCAAUAAAUCCUC